GAUGGACUAGUAAUGCGUGGUGACAGGACAUGCAUACAGGGACCUAGACAUGUUCACAGGCUUUAGAUGAGCUGCUCUGAAGAGGCAAGGAGGGCACGUCUUAAGGAUUACUUGUAAACAUGCUUGGUCUCUGAACAGCAGACAACCUUGGAGAGAAGGAGGCUGCAACGACAGUGAGCUGCAAGAGACAGUUUUACAGGAUUUAAAAAGAAGAGCACAGAUACAAGUGCAAUCCUGUAAACAUUCUGAAGAAUUAGGCCUGCGCAAAGAUCUGCUCUGAGCUCAUGUAUCCAAUAACAUAAAAUAGUUCAAGGCAAAAUCUCUGUCUACCUUAAAGAAUCAACUAUUUGAUCAGUUAGGAUUAAAAAAGCAUGAGGCCAAACUUGCAUACAACAUACACCAUACAAGUACAAAAGACCAAAUGCGAAUGGAUUUUAUCAUUCUUAUAUGCCAUCUGUCUUUCUGUAUGUGCCGGGACUGGAAUUCCGGGUUCAGACUACAACUCUCAUCCUCGUUUGAUAUGUACCCCUAUUCCCGCCGAUGCUGAUCCCAGGUGUUUCCCCACAGCAGGUGGUCCAGGUGGUCCCAGUAAUGGGCACCACAGUGGACCAAAUGGGAACAGCAAUGGCUGGUGGGGUAUGUCCGAGGAGACAAAAGCAACCAUUCUGCACCUGCGUGAGAGUUUGGUUCAGCAGAAAGAGACCAUCCUGGACCAGCGGGAGACGAUCCGGGAGCUCACGGCCAAACUGAAUUUGUGUGAAGGCUUCAACCGUGGCAUGGGCAACCAUGACGACCACCCGCACCACACACCUACACACCUGGCCCACCAUGCCCACCACGCAUACCUGCCAACAUCUGAUAACAAUCACCUUGGAUGGGUGGUUCCUGAUGGUCACCACAGCAACCAUGGAAUGGAACCUGUACAUUAUUGGAAUGGGGUCAGGGGGCCUCACCAUGGGAAAAGCACAUUGAGCGAGAAGCACAUCACAGGGGAGAUGACCCCUACAGCCUCAUCUACGCCGGAGCAGAUCAGCAGGAUGCUUCAGACCUUAAAGCAGCAGCUAGCAAACCUGCAGACAAGAAACACCUCCAGCACCUACUCCAGUUCACUGAAGGAUCUCCUGCAGAGGAAGAUCAAUGCCCUAGAACAACAGAUGCAACACCAUUCUGCAUCGCUAGCCAGUGCCAAUCACAGUGACCAUGAUGGGGAUGACAGUCACCAUGACGACGAUCAUGACAGCCAUCACAAGGACCAUCAUGCUGACCGAGUCCAUGAUGAUCACGAUGGUCCCCAUGAUGAGAGUCACCAUGAUGAGCACCAUGACGAUGAUCACCAUGACGAUGAUCACCAUGAUGAGAAUCAACAUGAAGAUAGCCAUGAUGAGAGCCACCAUGAUGUCAGCAGGCAUGACAAUGGGCACCAAGACAACGGUAACCAUGAUAACAGCUACCAUGACAGUGAGGUUUCUGGACAUAGCCUAGGGAGGUUGCCGUAUCAGAUACAAGAACACAGACAAGGACCGAAUGGGGUGCACAGCAAGUUGGAUGCAGUACUAAAUCAUCUGCAGCACAGGCUUGCUGACACAGGCUCUAGGAAGAAGAGCAAGGCCACUGAAGCUUUCCAGAUCGGUUUCCCCAUGCAAACUAACUACAUGUACGGCCGUGUAAAGCGUUCUCUGCUGCAUGAGAUAUUCUCCUUGACUCUGUGUCUGCGGAUGAAGGCUGGCUUUGGGCCUGGACUAGGAACACCCUUCUCCUACUCUGUCCCGGGUCAGGCCAACGAGCUGGUUCUCAUUGAGUGGGGCAACAAACCUAUGGAGCUGCUGAUUGAUGACACAGCUGUUAAUCUACCCCUCUCUUUGAACGAUGGUAAAUGGCAUCAUGUGUGUUUGACAUGGUCAACACGGGACGGGAUAUGGGAGGCCUACCAGGAUGGAGUGAAGAGAGGCUCUGGAGAAAACCUCUCCCCCUGGCACCCCAUCAAACCUGGAGGGGUCUUUAUACUGGGACAGGAACAGGACACUCUGGGUGGUCGUUUUGAUGCUAUGCAGGCGUUUGUUGGUGAAAUCUCAGAUGUUCAGAUGUGGUCUCAUGUUCUCACACCUCAUGACAUCUACAGUCUGGCUUCUUGUGGAGGCCACAUCACUGGUGACAUCAUCGCCUGGUCAGAGUCAGUGGUGGAGCUGCAUGGAGGGGUCACUAAAUACCCCUUUGACCCCUGUCACUGAAGUCAAGAGUUUAUAAUGCUCAGGCAAAAAGACAGUUCUUUUCACUAUCACUGAAUUGCAAAAUGUAAAAAUGCAAAUCCAAAGCUUGUUUUAAAGCACUUUGAUGACUUAAAACUCAGACAUUACUACUUCAAAUAUAUUGCCUUCUGUUUACAUAAGACACUUGAAUGGCCCCAUGACUUCUGUCUUGUGUCCAUUUAUUUAUGUAACUAAUGUUUUCUUACUACACCUUUUCUUAUUAAAUUGUAAUUCUUUACAAAUACUUCAGUGUCUUUUAAAAACAUUUAAAGCUGAAGUUUUUUUGGUGUAUAAAAAUGUAGAUGUUUUGUGCAAAAAUAGAAAACCACAAGGCUCUAUGUGAGCGGUCAGUCAAAUUGAAUGGAUUCGUUUUCUUGUAUUGUAAGAAGAAUCUACUAAAGAUACAGCGAUACCAAAGAGAAGAGUUAAAUACUGCUGAUAAAAACAGCCAAUUGAUCAGAAUCAACUUAUGGAUUUUGUGUUUGUAAAUUAAUGUCUUUCUUUGUAAGUAACAAUCUAAUUCACAUAUUUCUAUUCUAAUGUUAAAAUGUUUAGCCACAUCUAAAUAAGCAGCCAGAACUUGAACUGUCUUUAGAAUUUAGUCAUACUUUUGUACAUGCCUUGAGCUGUUGAUUAGAUGUUGUGUAGUAAAUAAUGUAUUUCCCUCCACUCUUUUAAAUGUAUUUAUAAUUUAAAAGGCAGAUUUCCACUGUAAAUGUGUUUAUAUGAACUGUUUAUUUCUGUUUAUAACUCUUGCUGUUAAUUAACUUGUUUUCUUUUGGUUACAGAGUUGAAAGCAGAAAUGCAAUAA